UUGAACAGGGUGAUACGGAUGGGGUAGAUCAGGAGGAGAGAGAAAAAGGACCUAAAAAUGUGCAGUUUAGCAGACGUUGGAGAAGUCCUUGUGUACGGCAUUGGGUUGAACAUUUUCUGGGUGAAUGUGAGGUGCUAUGGUCUGUGUUCUGCUGUAGCCGGAUCUCCAGAGCUCAACUCCCAUGAACGGAAUGAGCGAGCGAGGCGAUAACCCAGCUGCCAUUCCUGUUGUUCCCCAGGAUGUCCAGGGCGACGGCCGAUGGAUGUCACAGCACAACCGGUUUGUCGCUGAUACCAAGGACAAAGAGCCUGAUGUGCUGUUUGUGGGGGACUCCCUGAUCCAGUUAAUGCAUCAGUUUGAGAUCUGGCGGGAGUUAUUUUCCCCUUUGCACGCCUUGAACUUUGGAAUUGGAGGAGACGCCACUCAGCAUGUUUUGUGGAGGCUGCAAAAUGGAGAGCUGGAAAACAUACGGCCAAAGGUGAUCGUGCUGUGGGUGGGCACGAAUAACCACGGCCACACGGCAGAGCAGGUGGCCGAUGGUAUCGAGGCCAUCGUCCGACUCCUUAACCAGCGGCAGCCCCAGGCACAUGUCGUCGUGCUGGGCCUGCUGCCAAGGGGGAAGGAGCCAAACCCCCUGAGGGUGAAGAACACCCGGGUGAAUGAGCUGAUGCAGGCCAGGGUGUCUACCCUGGGCCGCACCUGCUUCCUGGAUGCAGACCCUGGCUUCGUUGGGCCAGACGGCACGCUCAGCCAUCAAGACCUCUACGACUACUUGCACCUGAGCCGCCAGGCUUACGGACGGGUCUGCAAGCUGAUUCACACCCGCGUCGUGCAGCUGCUGGGGGAGGCUGCUCGCAACCCCUGACCGGGAGGGGGGGAUGAUGGUGGUGGGGGGAGGGGCUGGGGAGUCGGUCAUAUUCAAAUAAUGAAACCGCACUGGGUCACUGUAAACUCCCCACCCACAGUGCGGAGGGAGGGGGUAUGUCUAGGGCAAGGGAGCUGGUAUCUGUGGUGGUGAGAGGGGCAAGGGGUUGGGGGAAGUCUGGCAUAUGUAGAUGAGUGAGGGAGGGGAGAAAAGAUGAUGCCGCUGGGACUUAAGUUGAAUUGGUUCAGUUCACUGAGAGGGUAGAAUGAGCUGUCAGUGUAAGUGGUGAAUGCAGACUCAAUUAUAAUAGUCAAGAGGAGUUUGAAUAAUUACAUGGAUGGGAGCGGUACAGAGGUAUGUGGUGUGGGACCAUGGAUGGGGCUAGGUCAGCAUGGACUAGAUGGGCUGAAGGACAUGCAGUACUCUGACUCCAAGGAAUUAGUCAGCUUGUGAUUGUAGCGGCAACACAGGAGACUAUCGGCACUGGAGUCUGGAACAGCACACAAAGGUGCUGGCGGAACAAAGUGGGUCAGGCAGCAUCUGUGGAGGGAGGUGGGCAGUCAAUGAUUGGGGUUCAUCCUUCAACUGGGUUGCUUUGGGUGGAGACCCUUAAGGUGACUCGAUGAACAGUCCAGACGAAGGGUUUCAGCUUGAAAGGACAGCUGUCCAUUCCCCUUCCUUCCAAGAUGCUAAGUCCCUCCAGCAUUUAGUGUGCUGUUUGGUUACCAGUGUUGGUCACUUGUCCAGAACUCCAUCCAGUCUUCUCCUAUGGGAUCGUCAACUCCCCCCCCCCCCCCCCCCCCAGAAACCUCCCCUAUCCACUGAGUCACCAUUUCUCCGGACACCCGGUUCUUCCCCUGGCCCUCAAUCUUUGUCUAUGGGUGAAGUCGGUUUGGGGCUUUCUGGUUUCGCCAAGGGACACAGUCUUCCAACAUUCCCAUGGGUCCUGAGACCUCCAUGUCUGCAGUUUGGACGUCCUGCUCCCUGUAGUUCUUCCACCUUGUUCACACUUUGGCUCUGAACCCCUGCGCCUCAAGCUGCUGAGAACGCUGAGUGACCAGGUCUCUCAGGAAAACCCAGCUACCGCUUAUGCAAGCACCACACGAUCUGGGGGAGGUGCAUGUGAUGUUCGGUUCCCUGGAGUUGACAGGAGGUGACUCAGUAACUCAAUAAAUUACAUGUUCUGCGUUAAAUAAAGUUGGUUUCCACAGAA